AUACACCUUAAAAACUAUACAAGAAAUGGUUUAGAGAGUUUGAAAUUAAACAGUAACAUCUUAACAUACAAAUAGCGCGUUAAAUUUGCUCGAUAUCUUUUGCGUCUGCGAAUACACAUUUCGCUUAGAUUUUUAUUGCAAUGAGUAACGUAGAAGCUGAAGAAUUGCAUCUAAUGGAGAUGGCUUUGCCAACGGAUACAGGCAACGAAAAUCCGACAAGCGAACUCGGUUCGGUUGUUACAAUUUUUGAUCUUUGUUGGGAAGACAUAUUAAUACCGAAGGUUUUAUCGCUUCUAACCCUUAAGGAGCUAUUCACAUUUCGCACUUGCUCGCGAAGCGCGAAACGGCUAGCGGAAGCCGCUUUAGAGAGACGUAAAGAAGUCAAUUUGUCAGGCAAUAACAGCAAUACAAUAGAUCUCGCUUUUUCUGUGCUAAAUACUUGCUGUAAACAUUUGGAAAAUUUGCAUUUGGCCCGUUGCCAUUGGUUGAAAGACGAAUUGCUACUACCAAUACUAGCUGAAAACAAACGGUUACUGAAAGUGGUAAACUUGAAUGAGUGCCCAUAUAUUUCGCCAAUGGCUCUUCAACCGAUCAUUGUCGAUUGUAAAAAUCUAAGGGUCCUAAAAUUAUCUAAAUGUCAAUGGCUAACUGCUGGGGCAAUAGAUGCUUUAACUUUGCAUCAAAAUAAUUUAGAAGAGAUUGAUAUAUCUCAUUGUCCUGCCAUCGGCGAACGUUGUUUAUUAAUAUUUUUUCGAAAAUUGAAUAAACUGACCAUCUUAUCGCUAGCUAAUACGGCUAUCACCGAUCAAGUACUGGUAAUGAUCUCCAACUGUUGCCGCUUAUUAGAACACAUCAAUCUCGUUGGCUGCACGGCCAUUUCAGAUUACGGAAUUAUAGCGUUAACUACCAAUUGUACAAAAUUGAAGUCGUUGAUGGUGCAGCGUUGUGACCUAAUAACAGAGCAUUCGUUAGCACGCUUGAGGGGCCAUGUUCAUAUCGACAGACCUCGAAGUAGCAGCAUGUUGCUACCUUAUAUAUAUCCGUUGAACCCUCCUAAUCAUUUGUUCCUGCAAGUAUAGAAAUUUUAAUUCUAACUUAAUGUUGAAGCCAAAUAUAUUUAUGUAUUUAUGUAUAUGUGUUUUAAUGUCAAUUUGUAUAUAUAUAUAGCUAAAAUUUUUGUGUGGUAAGAGGUAAAACAUUGUAAACAUUGUAAUGCGAAGUACACCUUAGAUUAUUGAAACUUAGUCUAAAAUCAGAAAAUUGUUAGCAAAAGAAUCACUUUUAAUAAAUAAAAUAAUAAAAGCGCUACACAAACA